AUGACCUCGCGGGGAAUGAAAUUUAAGUUUCACCGAGGGGAGAGAGUUCUCUGCUUCGAGCCCGACCCCACCAAAGCCAAAGUGCUCUAUGAUGCCAAGAUCGUUGAUAUUAUUGUUGGAAAAGAUGAGAAAGGCAGAAAGAUUCCAGAAUAUCUGAUCCAUUUUAACGGUUGGAACAGAAGCUGGGAUAGAUGGGCAGCUGAAGAUCAUGUUCUUCGUGAUACAGACGAAAACCGCAGAUUACAGCGUAAAUUGGCACGGAAGGCUGUGGCUCGCAUGAGAAGAAAGGGAAGAAAGAAGAGGCGUUGCAGGUUGCCUGGUGUUGACUCUGUAUUAAAAAGCCUUCCUGCUGAAGAAAAUGAUGAGAGCAGUGAAAAUUCUAUAAGUAGUUCUUCUUCUGAUGACAGUGAUGAAGGAACAGAUGAAGAAAGAAAAAGUGAAGAAAGCGAUAUAGAAGAAAGGACAGAAAUGAAAGAAGACCAAGACACUCACACAAAAAGGGAUAUGGAAGAAAGAGCAAUAAGCAUAGAAAUUCCUGAAGUCUUGAAAAAGAAGCUUGAGGAAGAUUGUUACUAUAUUAAUAGAAGAAAACGGCUAGUGAAGCUGCCUUGUCAGACAAAUAUCAUAACCAUCCUGGAGUCAUAUGUGAAACAUUUUGCUAUUAAUGCUGCCUUUUCAGCCAAUGAAAGGUCUCGGCACCAUCAAAUGACUGCACAUGCUAACAUGAAUCUUCAUUAUGUGCCACCAGAGAAGAAUGUCGAGCUAUGUAAAGAGAUGGUGGAUGGGCUGAGAAUAACUUUCGACUUCACACUUCCAUUAAUUUUGCUCUAUCCUUAUGAGCAAGCUCAAUUUAAGAAGGUGACUUCAUCAAAAUUCUUUCUUCCCAUCAAAGAAAACUCAACAAAUACAAACAGAAAUCAAGAGGAGCUUUCCCCAAGUCCUCCUCUGUUGAAUCCACCAACACCUCAGUCAACUGACAGCCAGCCUACAACAGGAGAGCCAGCUACACCAAAAAGGCGAAAAGCUGAACCUGAAAUUAUGCAGUCGCUGAGACGUUCUACACGCCAUAGCUCUAACUGCGACAGGUUAUCGGAGAGCAGUGCUUCUCCGCAACCUAAACGGCGACAUCUUGAGACCCCAGCUUCUAUGCCAAAGCUCUUCCUGCACUUGGAAAAAAAAACCCCUGUCCAUAGUGGAUCAUCUUCACCUAUAACUUUGACUCCUAGCAGAGAGGGGAGUGCAGUUUUUACUGGCUUUGAAGGUAGAAGAAACAAUGAGUUGAAUGAGGUUUUAUCCUGGAAAUUGAUGCCAGACAAUUAUCCACCAAGUGAUCAACCACCACCUCCCUCGUAUAUCUAUGGAUCUCAACAUUUGCUACGAAUGUUUGUAAAGCUACCAGAAAUACUGGGGAAGAUGUGCUUUCCUGACAAAAACCUAAAGGCUUUAGUGAAACACUUCGAAAUGUUUCUGAGGUUUUUAGCAGAAUACCAUGAUGAUUUCUUCCCAGAAUCUGCUUAUGUAGCUGCAUGUGAAGCCUACUACAGUACUAAAAAUCCUCGGGCCAUCUACUGAAGCUAUUAAUGAAGGUUAAAUCCUACUAUAUGUAGCCCAUGACCAUGCUAUUUUGCCACGUGGCUACAAGAUGAAGAUGAAAAAGGAAUUAAAAAAACUUCCGAAAAAACAGGGAAAUAACUUCUGUGAUGGUCGGAUUACAUAGGAACAGAGAACUUUCAGAGAUGUGUAUAGACAGCAUUGUGAGUUGCAUAGAGGACUGAAUAUAACUCAGAUGAAUAAAGAAGCCUUAUUCUGAUUUCUGCUGUAUUGGACUAUUGAAGAGAGAGGCAAAAGCAGAUGCAUUAGCAACAGGACAUUUUCAUGAAGAUAGAUCAUCAUGCUGUGCUUUGUUUUCGCUCAAACUCUGCAACCUGGGAAAUAAGGCUUGACUACGCAGUUAAGUGAAGAGCAUGGACAACUGAUAUAUUAUGGAUUGUGUUUUCCUUGCAAAUUGCACUUUAAUUUUUUUGUGGAACAGUCAUGAUGGAAAGUGUUGCUUAAUGUAAAUGUGGUUUUCUUGUCCAGCUAGCAUGACAUCUGCCUCAAGAAUGACUUUGUUGCUUGAAUGAAAGAUGUAUUGCUUAAUUUGCAUUUUGCUAAGGUGUAUAUAGAUGUAAAUACUGUUUUCAUAGUAAGCCUGCCAGAGUUCCUAGGAAAGCAUAUGUUGCCAGUGGUCUAACAUUUACCUGGCAAUAAAUGAUUUCCAGAGCCAGUCUGAAAGACAAGAUUUUCUACAAGUAAGCGAAGUAGUCAAAGUGAUGGCAGUUCAACUGGCAAACACUUAUUUUCUUA